GCGCUCCCACCGUGCACCGCGGCAGGAAAGCGCUGACCUCCGGGAGGUUGGGGUUUGGUUUUUUUUCCGUUCAGAGCGGACCGCGGAGCUGUAAAUAACCGGUGCCGGCCCACGGACCGGGUAGGGGAGGUGGUUGCUACGUCCCGGCCGGUGGGGCGGAAAAGGUCCUGUGCGUGCGGGCACAUCACUUCCGCUCGCCAUUUCGCGCAGCACCUCCCCGCGGUGCCCAGGCCGCCCGCGCCGCAGCCGCCAUGACGGACCGCUACACCAUCCACAGCCAGCUGGAGCACCUGCAGUCCAAGUACAUCGGGACGGGCCACGCCGACACCACCAAGUGGGAGUGGCUGGUGAACCAGCACCGGGACUCGUACUGCUCCUACAUGGGCCACUUCGACCUGCUCAACUACUUCGCCAUCGCCGAGAACGAGAGCAAGGCGCGCGUCCGCUUCAACCUUAUGGAGAAGAUGCUGCAGCCCUGCGGGCCGCCCGCCGACAAGCCCGACGAGUCCUAGCCCGCCCCGCCCGGGUCCCGGCCCCGCUGCGGUGCGCCCUCGGGGCGGCUCGGCCGGAGCGAGCGGCGGCAGCGCGGAGGCCGCCCCGCUGUGCGGAGCGCGGUGGCGGCCCAGCCGGGCUCCACUGAGGUGGCCUGCCAGCCAGCCGGGACCGAGCCCGGCACCGCGGGGCUGCCCUUACCGCGGGAAGGGCCAAGGAGCGGCCCCUGUGAGCGCGGGGAGCGUUGGCGUCUGCGGCCCUCUGUGCUCCUGGUCCUUCCACUUGCUUCAUGUGCUGUGCCCUCGAAGGACUCUGAUGGGGAGAAGUCUAGUAAAACGCCUGCUUCUGGGCAGCUUCGACUCUUCUAACUGUACAAUCAUUUGGAUUUUUUUUUUAAAUGGAAAAUAAUAAAACUUACUGGGCAUUUGUAAUAUUUUGUUUGGUAAUCUGCUAAUAAGAGCUCUUUGUUCUAAAAGGAGCGCUGAUUACUCAGUAUUAAGCGUUUCAAUACAGCCAUCCAAAGUGCAAGUCUUGGAUACUUUGCAGAUAGUGUUUUCCUAGCUGGGCUGAUCGGUGCUUCUUUACCAAAACUGUGUUUUAAGGAGGGAGAGGAAGCUUGUUGACACUCAAAGGGUUUGAUUUGUUGUUAGCAUUUAUUGUGUUGGGGUGAUUUGUGGUACAGCAUAAGUUAAUUGCUAUAGUGCUUCAAAACUUCAAAACGGCUUUACCAUUUUCUGGCCUCAUUUUGCCUGUACUUUGAAUUUUCAAGCCUUGAUACUCUAUGGUCCAAUUUAGCAACCUUUUUUUUUUUUAACUUGUACUUUCUAGUCAUCUAGUGAUAAACUUUUUUUUUUUUACAUUGUACUAAAUAAGUGCAUUAAUGUGGGCUUAGACACUGUUAAUAUGGAAUAAGUGAUGCAGAGGCUUGGGAAAAGCUAAACUGUUUUGCCAAUUGACUUCUUGAAAUUUCUGCUUCCUUCCCAAGAAAAACAUGAGGGUUACUCACUACUGCUCUGAAGUAAAACACCUUGAGGUGACACAACCUUAUAUCACAUUGCAGACUGAACUGAUGUUGAUUUUGAUUUGUCACUUAAAAUAGGCUUUCUAUUCACUUGUCAAAUAAAUUUUGGGUUCUAAUGAAUGGGAAAACUUCAGAGCAAAAGAGAUACGUUACUUAGAGAAAUUAAAUAUUCUUAUGUCUGAUGUGGAGCAUUGUAACUGGGUGGGGGUGUUAAGACUGUAUGUGAGCUUACCAAUGAUUUCUUUUCUUAAAUCAGUAUCUCAAAACUUUUGAGUGAUAAACUUGCUCAUGGUCUUUACUGAGUCUUAUAAAACUAAGCUGCUGUAAUAAAGUAAGAAAAAGUGUACAAGCUCCUGGGGCCAUGUUGAAGUCAGUACAUCCAUCUUCUGAAGAAUUCAAAGAUGGCAUUUUUCCAUGUUUGUUGGACAUACUGAGAUGAGGGCAAGGGUAAAGUGGUUCUAAAUAAAUUUCACCUGCAAGUUUUGUGGGGAACUACUGUAAUUUCCAAUAAAUGAAGGGCUUUUGUAGAAAACCGGUUUUCACUUUUCAUGUAAGCUGGUGCAGGUAAUUUGAAGAGAAUCUGUUCCUCAUAGUGAGGAAUGUGGCUGAAAGUUUUUCCUUGAGUUCAGGCACUUACUAGUAGGCAUGCAGUGCAGUCUUGGCAAAAAUUGAGCAAAAUUUAUAUCUAAAUCAAGCAAGUUUCCUGUUACAGUUAAUAAAAGUCUGUUCUGUGACCAAAUCUUAGAAACCUGCCUUUUCCCUGCACAAAUAGGCAACAUGCUGAGUGGAAAAAGGGUGGUGUGGGAGAGUCGUAGUAAGAAGGCUGCUCUUCCUGUUUCUGUUGCCUUACAUACACCAUAGCUACUCUGCCCAGAGAGAGAAAAGACCUGAAGCAUUCAUUACUUUAUUGCAUUUCCCCACGAGUAGUUCCAUAAGGUAUCUUGUCUGCCAGCAGCCGAUGUGCAUUGAUGUGUGCAACAGGCAGCAAUACUGUGGUUAAUUCACCGAUGGCAAAGGAGCUUGAGCCUCAGUGCUGGGACUCAGAACUGGAAGGGCUGGAGUGAGAAUACAGGUGCUUUUGUGACGGGUUGGAAACCGAACUUGCAGUAAGACAAGUCUUGAAUCUUAAAUAGAAGGAAAACCAGAAACUAUGCACCUUAAUCCACUCCUACAGAAAUUAGAACUUAAAAAACAUUUCAAGGAAGAUUUCUCUGAGUAUAAACUGCUAACAAUUAGCUCUGUCCAUGGAUAUGCUCAAUACUCACUCAGUGCAUUUUAAAAAUGUGAGCAACGAAUGUAUGACACAUAAAUAAAGAUUAAUGCUUCCUGGCAGGCCAACUCUUGUAAAGGCCACAUAGCCUUCAGGCACAACUCGGAGUUAGGUGGUGAGUGAACUUGAUGGUUCUGCUGGGUAUACUCACGCAAAUCCCAGUUAAGCACGUUCCUCUAUUUUAGCGUGGUUGGAAAAGGUUUUUAGAGUUGUGAAACAUUACAAAUGCUUUCUUAAGAAACAGAAUCAAAGAGAAGUUAGAAUUCCAAAGAGUUCAAGACAAACUUGAAGAGACUUGGGAGACACUGAAAAGUGUGUUUCUGGACUAUGGUAUUUUCCCUAAAUCCCAAAAUAGUUUUUAAACAAGCAAAGGCAGUGAGCUCUUUUGCAUUUUAGUACUGGAAAAGGUAAAGCAUCCUAAGAAUAGAGUUAGUUACGUGUCCCACUGCGAUGCAUCUGGUUUUUACCUCUAUCCUGAUUGAAAGAUGAAGGGUAUUUACGAAUUGGCUUGAUAUUUGCAUUAUUUUCUUUUUACAUCCAAGCAGUAUAGCUUUAACUGGGCUUUCCCUUGUGAUGUCUGGCUCAUUUUCCUGAGUUUCUGUAGCUUAAUUUCAUGUAGUGUGAAGUGUGAGAAAUAUAAACUAUUUCCAACAUGGUGUGUAUUGUAUUUGGUAAGGAAUUUCAACUGCUUUUGUUGUGCUAGUUAAUGUAUCUUUGUAAAUUCUCUGUAGAGUUGGAUGUAUAUGCACCUUUAAUUAAAGAAAUCUAAUAGAUAA